UUCCACGUACUUCGUAUGUACAUAGUAUUUAAAUAGAUAUCUUGAGCAUGAAAUUCUACCAAAACACACAUCAACCAACACACAACAUACGCAAUACUUGCUUACAUAAACAUUUGCACCUUAUUUUCUGCAUACGAAAUGGCUCAAGUAAUCGUCAAGAAGCAAGCAGUUGAAUACUAUGGGCCUUAUGGUUCUAAAUUGUCACAAAAUUAUAGCCUGCAACUAGAAGACGGGGAACGUUUCAAAGAAGUUAUAGUAACAUCUGGGUCCAUUGUGGACUCACUUGGGUUCGUGGUAGCUAAGCGAGAUGGGAGUACCGCCACUUACCAGUUUGGUGGCAAUGGCUUCCAUGUAAACAAGAUGGUACUCAAGGAUGGAGAAUACAUAACAAUGAUCACUGGGACUUCUGGUAAUUAUAAAUACCAAACUGGUAAUGGUGUGCUGAUUGCUACGCUGAAAAUACACACAAAUUUGAAUGUGAAUGGAUACGGACCAUUUGGAAAAGGCAUUGAUGUCCAAAAUGUGGAGAAAUUUUCAUCCCCGAACAAGAGUGAUGUACCUGCUAUUGUUGGAUUUUUUGGAAGGAACGGCAGGUAUCUCGAAUCUGCAGGAGUCAUGAUCCCAAAGAAGCAAGUGAUUGAAAUCUACGGGCCUUAUGGUUCUCAGCUCCCAGAAAAUUACCGCAUGCAACUUCAAGAUGGAGAACGUUUCAAAGAAGUUAUAGUAAGGUAUGGGUCCAUAGUGGACUCACUCGGACUCGUGGUAGCUAAGCGAGAUGGGACUACCGCCACUUUCCAAUUUGGUGGUCCCGGUUUCUAUGAAGGCAAGGUGGUACUCAAGGAUGGUGAAUACUUAACAAGGAUUAGUGGAACCUUUGGUAACUCAUCUAAAUACCUCCCUGAUAAUGGUGUGUUGAUUGCUACAAUGACCAUACACACCAAUUUGAAUCCAAAUGGAUAUGGACCAUUUGGAAAAGGUAUAGAUGUCGAAAAUGUUGAGAAAUAUUCAUCACCAACCCUGACUGAUGGCCCUAUUGUUGGAUUUCUUGGAAGGAAAGGCAAAUUUCUUGAGUCUGUAGGAGUCAUGAUCCAAAAGGAAUUCCCACCAAAGAAUUGAAUGCAAUGUGAGGCCAUGUAAGGAUGUAUGAAUGAACACGCUAUUAUAGUUAUUAUGUGUAUUUUUCAAUAAGCCAUAUUAGUUUAUAUAUAAACUACGAGUGAUUGUGGCCUCUCAAGAAUGAUUGUAAUCAUAAACUUGAGUGAAUAUUGUAUUCUACGUACUUUUCCUAAUUUCCCUUAUGUAUUGGCCUAUCUAUGAUAAUAUUAAGUCUCGUUUUCCCUUUUCCA